ACGCGAUCUAUUGCUAUUACUUAUUUAUGUAUAAAAUUCUUAAGUUCCGAAGAUUUAAAAACUAGUGAAACUUCAAAAAAUAAAGAAAUGAAAGAAUCUUCAGAUGACAAAUUUGAAAGUGAAAAUUCUGAUAUAUUAGAAGAAGAAAAGCAACAAUUUGAGGAAGAUACUGAAGAAGAAUAUGCAAAUAAUGAUAAAUUUGCUAUAAAUAAUACUCAUCUUGCAAUUGAU